AUGAAUAAUAAUCAUUAUUAUCGACUCACCUUAACAGCAAACAAGAAUCGACACAGAGUUAAUCAACACAAUUUUGCACCUAUUAAAAAAGUAUAAUCAAACAAAAAGCCUUAUAUGUAAAAUACCUCACUCUUUCCUGAAUCUUAGAUCUUUGAAUCCUAACACAUUUUUGACCAUAAUUCAAUCGAUCUCAGACAAUUUAAUGAGCAUUCGGAUUCAAGAUAAAGGGUAAAAACUGAAAUAGUAAGACCCAAAUACCAAUUACAUAUCGAAAGUCAGAAAUUUGACUAGCCUACUGCAUAUUUUCCAAAAUUAAAGGAAAGAGCACAGUCAUACUAAAAAAAAAAACCCGAACAAAUAGCCCUUGAGGUUGAUGUAGCAGAUUCCCCAAUUUUCAUAAGAGAUUUAUAGAAAUCACUCGAUUAUACUAGGACUCAACCAAAUAAAUAUAGAAAUUUGACUCCACUUCAAAAAAGAACAAUCGAAGUAUCAAAAAUAAUUAGUAAAUCGGAUCAUUUAAAUUAAGAGGAGAUUAUGCAGUUCUCUUUUGGACUACAGUACAAUAGAAUGAGCAUUGAAAGAUAAAAGUCCAAAUUUCCUAAAGACAUUUUUCUUGGCGAUGUUAGAAAAGUCAAAAGAAUUUUUUAGUAACAAUGA